AUGUGUUGCUGGGAACAAAUGACCUAUUGGAACUGCCUACUUGUACCUGACCUCAUGACAAACCUCAUUGGCACAAAGUUGGUCAUGCAAGCUCAAGGCAUGGUGACCUUCGAGAAUGAGCUAGUCACUGUCCAGGACAAGCAUGGCUGUACAAUCUGUGUGCCAACCAGCAGGGACAGUUACCCUGCAGCUGCCAUGAUCAUAUGGGACAACAGCAUGCCUGAACCUGCUGUCUCCCUUGCCUUUGCUAUGACAACAGCUAGCACAGUACAUCCACCUGAGUCCUGCAACAAAGCAGAUCUAUGGCACCAGAGGUUAGGCCAUGCUAGCCAUGAAUCAAUCAUGCACACACAUGCAGUGACUCAUGCUCACAACAUUCCAGUGAACCCCACUACUCAGUCUGGUGUCCUUUGCAAUGUCUGUGUACAAAGCAAAGCUAUUGCACACAAUGUUGCCCACCCUUGCCACAUUGAAAAACCACUUGAUUUGGUCUCAAUGGAUGUGAUGGGUCUGCUACAUGGUAAUACUAAGUUAGCAUAUGUGCUCAUCAUUCAUGAUGCUUUCUCUGACAUGAUCUGGCAAAGGUGGGGUGUCCCAGGAGGCAAUGUGGUGGCUCAAGGAGGUACAUGUUGCCACACCUCAAGGACCACCACACUUAUCCCCGAUCAUGGACUCAAAGAGGUUCGUGUGGACCAGGGCAAACUAUGGUCCACUACCUUCCGAGACACCUGUUCAUCCAAGGGAGUGAAAAUCACUGCCUCACCAACUCAGCAGCAUAUGAUCAAUAUCAAUACGAAGGUUAUGAUGACACCAAGGUCUGGUGUGAGUGUUGAUGAUGAUGAGGUUGAUGGUGUUGGUGAUAAGGUUGGUGGCGUCAACAUGAGUGUCCAACCACAGUGGACUACUGCCUUCGGUUCUAUCUUAAUCUGGACCACUGGUUUGCUAUGA